AUGCCGGGAGAAGUUAAAGUAGCAACAGUUGAAUCCGUUGAAUCAAUCGACAAUAUGGCAACGCUCCCCGUGUCGCUUAGGCAACAUGGUAAAAGCGAUGCCACUCCAGAACAAAAUAAUACGACAAACAAAGAAAUGGAAAUGGAAAAAAAUAAGAAACAAGGGAAGUGCAACAACAGCAAGGAAGAACCCAAAAGGACUUCACUUUUCAUAAUAAUGAGUUUUAUAUACGCAAAACUUCUCGUAGUUAUCUGUAUAGCUUAUGUCAUAUCCGAAGUUGUGACGCACAAUAUUCCUCUCUAUUAUUACGAGGGAAAAGAUGAUUCGAAAACACCGCCGGUACCGAAUCCGCCACAGCCUCCGGGACAAGGAGCUCUCUCGGAAAUGUACCCGAAAAAGAUGAAGGACAAGCUUCGGGACCGACAAAGGUUCUUAACGGAAGAUCCGAAUAAUCAAUUUGAACUGUGCGAUUGCCACGCCGAGAAUGGCAACGAGUGUCAAAAGGAAAAUUUAUUAUACGUAAAUCAUUUAUACGAACCUGAUGAGAACGGCGUUCUAAAAAAUUUGAAAAAACCCGAUGGAAAGGACAUGAAUUUAAACGAGGGAGACAAUGCUCCGCCCCCACCGCCCCCGCCUUUGGAAAAAUCAUCUAUGGAAAAAGAUUUGGAUUUGGAGGGUGGUUAUUCGUCGAAGAAGAUAAGAAAAUUAAAAACGUCACAAAACGAUAGCAGUCACGGAAGUUUCUUUUUGAGAGUUGGAGCCAUCGCAUUCGGAUUGGGUACGAUGAUAUACACCGGAUUAGAAUUUGGAGCUUUUUUCGAAAUUCCCUUCAAUUCUCCAUGUCAUCAAAUAUUGCGGGGAGUCAAUCCGUUACUUCAAAUGAUUUUCACGUUCAUGCAAAUGUAUUUCAUACUCAUGAACGCGAGGCUGAACAUUCACAGAUUUAAACUCGUGGCUCGUUUCGGUUUGAUGCACAUUGUCGCAACAAAUCUUUGCGUUUGGAUAAGGACGUUAAUUUUGGAAAGUUUAAAAGAAAUAACUUUGUACUACCAUAGAAAUUUUCGAGCGGGUUUCGAUGCUCCAGAAAAAGGAGUUUUGCAAGAAAAUAUUCGAUUGCAUUCACUUAGAAACGCGGGUACCGUUUUGGGAACUCAUUUGAUUCGUCCAGAUAUCGGACCGACAACAGCGAAUCCGACGACGACGACAUUAAAAGCAUUGGGAGCAUUCGGAUCUCGUUCGCAAAGGUUCACACAAGAUGCUGCCAAAGAAGGAUCGAAAUUACUAACGAAGCUUUUCAGUACCGUUUCCACUCCGUUGAGCACCGUUAAAAAAAGUAUUACGUCAACUACUGCGGAAAAUAUUUCGACAGCAGCAGCAAAUGCGACGACGACUACGGCUUCAACGGUGAUGGAAAAUUUGAAAAGUUUUAAAAAUUCAUCACCGGACAUGAUGAGAGCUUUGUUUACCGAUUUAACGAACGCAACGACAACCAUAACAACAACAACAACAACAACCACGACAACUCCCGAACCGAAAACUCCAUUGAUUUUUAAUAUACCAUUUACAACGCCGUCUAAUGCCACUACCACGUCAUUGGAUAUUCCUUUCGGUGGUUUCCUUCCGGUUCCUCAAAUGUUGAUGGGGGAUCCGUCAGCGGAUAAUUUGACUUUUUGCGGUAGAGUUAACAUAAUGGGUACCAUAGUUCAGGAUGCUGCUCCGUAUUUGUUUCCGUUCAUAAUCGAGUAUUCUCUGAUCGGUGCUGCCGUUAUUUACAUAAUGUGGCGUCACAUCGGACGACAUCCCAGGCACGCCUUUUUCAUUUUUUUUGAUCGAUCAAUAUACGUCGUCGAAGAAGAUUUGGAACGUAAAUUGGAAGUCAUGCUGUCGCAUCGUGCUGUUGCACUGGCCAGAGCACAACACGGACGUGUCGGUUGCGUGGGAGCAUCCAAAGGACUCUUCUUCGGUCUUCUUUUGCUCGUCGGUUCUCUCAUAUGUUUGAUUUUGUUUUUCGUGUUGAUACAACAUAAUCAUCUCGGAUUGUUGGCCAUUUAUCUGGCAGAUGCUUCUCAUUGCGCUCUCAUGAUACUCAGCAUAUUCGCCAUCAUCAUCGGUUUCAUAAGGGUUCAAUCGUUAAAAUUCAAAACGGACGAACAAAAUAUGUUGAACGAUAUUCUGUUGAGAGUUUCUGCUUUUGGAUUAUUUGUUUAUGCCGUUUUCAGCGUUAUAGCCGGAGCUUUGAACGCGUUCACAAAAGAACCUAAUCUUCUAGUCAUGGUCACCGGAGCUAUUGCAAUCCUUCAAGUCGUUUUGCAAAUGAUGUUCAUAGCGGACGUGUCACGUCGAAGAGUUCAUCUUCCCGAACACGAUCGUACGAAACCGGGAAAACAAAUCGUGACGUUUUUACUCAUUUGCAACGUGACGAUGUGGAUCAUAUACACUUUCGAGGCACAAAAAGUUAUGGCGAAUCCCGUUCAGCUUGAUUUUUACGGAUUUCUCGCAUGGUCAUUGAUACAACGGAUUACACUUCCACUUUGCAUUUUCCAUCGUUUUCAUUCGGCCGUCACAUUGGCUGAAAUAUGGAAAAAUACAUACAAGGCAAGGAUCGAAUAA